GGAAUCUGAAGGAACAUUGUCUCAAUGCCAAGAUGCGGUUUGUUUUCCAUCAAUCCGCUUUAUUUUGGCUGAUUCAAUCUUUCAUUCUUCUGGAAGUUUCUCCGUUCCAGAGCUUAGACUUUAACACCAUUCUUCCCCCGACUCCUGAAGAGUACGACAACCUGCAGCCGCCGAAAGGAAACGAGCAAACCCCGACCAUUGUUCGGUUUCAUGUUACAGUGCUCAGUAUAGAUUCAAUAGACGAAGGAUCAAUGACGUACGUCGCCGACAUCUUCAUGUCGCAGAGCUGGAAGGACGACCGCCUGCAGCUGCCGGAGAACAUGACGUCCAAGUAUCGCCUCCUGCCCAUCAGCUGGCUCAAGAAGAUGUGGCGACCGGACUCUUUCUUCAAGAACGCGAAGCGGGUCACCUUCCAAGAGAUGACCAUUCCAAACCACUACAUUUGGCUCUACAGCGACAAGACCAUUCUGUACAUGGUCAAAUUGACCCUAGAACUGUCUUGUGCCAUGAAGUUCGAAGCUUACCCCCACGAUACGCAGACUUGUUCCUUGAAAAUGGAGAGCUUGUCCUACACCACCGACGACCUCAUCUUCGACUGGGAGUCCGAAGUUCCGCUAGUGGUGGAACCGACCAUCGAGCUUCCGCAGCAUAUUCUGGUGGAUACCAAACUCGGAGACUGCAUGCAGCAGUAUUCAACUGGGAACUUCACUUGCAUCGAGGUGAUGUUCACACUGGAACGCCGCUUGGGGUACUACCUUUUUCACACCUACAUCCCGACCUGUCUCAUCGUCAUCAUGUCCUGGAUCUCGUUCUGGAUCCGGGCCGACGCCGUCCCGGCCAGGGUCACCCUCUGCGUCACAUCCUUGCUCACCCUGGCCACUCAGCACGCCCAGUCCCAGAAGUCCUUGCCGCCCGUCUCCUACAUCAAGGCCAUCGACAUAUUCAUGUCCACCUGCACUCUCUUCGUCUUCUCCUCGCUCAUGGAGUACGCAAUCGUCAACAUCGUCAUGGGACAAGCGGAGGAGAGGGAGCGAAUGACCACCAACCUGCUCAAUGACGUGCAGCUCAUUCGAUUAGAGGGCUCCAGUCGAAUGCCGAACGGAACCAAAAUGGGCCGAUCGUCCUCUCUGCGUCGUCGGUCGGAGUCUCUGGAAAGACGGGCCCUCAAGAUAGACAAGUUCUCACGAAUUGUCUUUCCGCUUUUGUUCGUCAUCCUCAACGUAGCUUACUGGUCCUACUAUCUUAGAUAAUGACACGACUCUCAUCACUCCUUCAAAGAGGCUAAUAUCACUUUCGAGCGCAGUCUGAAUAUUGCCAAAAAUUUCUACUUCAUCAGUGCCGGAAAAGAAAAUUUAUUAAUACUUCAAAUUAGCUUUUUUGCUAGUUUGUUCUGUAAGCAAAUUGUUUUAUUCGUUAAAAAAAUCUAUAAUUUAUCUGUAAAAAUU